AUGGAGGGGCACGGUGUCAAGUUAGACACCCUUAAGGAGUGUCUCAUGUUCCUGGAGUGGUUGCAUAGUGACAAACAGGGUAUCAUUAUGAAAGGUUUGAUCGCCAGUCGCCUUGCUAGGCUCCUCGAGAAGAGGUAUAAGAAUGUUAGUCAACCUCCAAUUGAAUCCGCGCUGUCCCAAUUCCUCACUAACGUGAACAAAUUUCACACUACAUUAUGCAAAUCUGCAAAGCAGAGCACAAAUAAUCCAAAUACAACUAAAAAUGUCCUCAACACUCUGCUUGACUGCAUUCCCAAGUUCUUAGCAGUGAUGUACUUUUUGAGGUAUCAGGUGGACGAUAAGUUCAGUGCGCUGGGUGGAGGGGGGUGGGCGAAUGACUCCGUUGGGUUGAUUUCACGGUUCGCUGCACUUGGUGAACGUGCUGCGGCUUUGACCGGCCCAGUGGACAAGUACCUCACUGCUGAAUCCGGCACUGACUACGGUGGCGUGAUACCUGGUGGCUUCGAUCCAGGGGACCUGAAGCCAGGUUACCAGAGUGGUUACUCUCCUGCUUCUGCCAUGGUCAAAGACAUUCAAAGUAUUCUGAACAAGCAAGAUAAAGUACAAAACUAUUUCCUCGACGUCUAUUCCACUACGGUGUUGCCCACUUCAGGCGCCGAGACUCCGAAUAUCGCCAACUCUCUGCGUUUGGUGCAAGAUUUUUGUAGGAUAUUUGGAAACGUGAAGAAUGAGGAGGAUUUUAAAAUGCACUUAUACUCGAAGGACAAAUGCAUCCAAUGGAAAGAAUUACAAGAGCAUUGCAAGCAACUUCAAGACCAAUUUGGCAAAAUUUUCAAGAAGGAAGCCUUUUCCUUCACUGGCUAUGCGCGGGAAUAUGACAAGCUUAAACAACAAGAUAUCGCCAAGAAGAUGGCCAGUUGGCUGAAGAUGAAUUUGGGUAAAGUGAAAGAGAAGUUGGAGAAAAUUGAGGCUUUUAGUGAUGUAAGUAAUCUUAGGCAACUUAGGAAGGGCAUUAAGUCCCCGUCUUCGUCUCAGUCCACAGCCCUUCAAAAUUAUUUCACCAAGCAAUUUAUCCCCUACGGAUUCACGUUUUAUGCCAACAAAUAUGACACGAGGAGUGCUCCGUAUGAUCUUUUGCAAAGGCAGUGGGACACUGCAAUCCGUGAGCUUAAGAGCAGUGACGGCGGUUUACAGAGGCUUGUGGAAAUUUUGAAUGGUCAACAGUGUCAAGCACAAGAGGAACAAAGAAAACAAAGGCGAAAUGAACGGCAAGAUGAUGAUCAACCUGAAGAAAUAGAUGAAGAAGCUCUGGAGGAGCCUGCGGAUGAAGAGUUGCUGGACAGUGGAAAGACUGUUACCCAUCCCAAACCAGGAGCCGCAAGGCCUGUGCUCACCAAGGCGGAGGUGGCGAAGCCGACUGCCAGUAAAAGUGACUCAACUGCAAAUCAAGGCAAGAAAGCGGAGGGAGCGCAGAACCAGGGGAAGAAAAGUGAGGGAGCGCAGAACCAAGGCAAGAAAGUGGAGGGAGCACAGAACCAGGGGAAGAAGAGUGAGGGAGCACAGAACCAGGGGGAGAAAUCUGAGGGAGCGCAGAACCAAGGCAAGAAAGUGGAGGGAGCACAGAACCAGGGUAAAGAUCAAGGUGGAGGAACUCUUCAAGUAUCACCAGUUACAGGCUCUGCUCCAGAUCCGCCUUCCGUUGAUCAAGGUGUUACAGGUCCGGCAGGGCCUACCGGAGUUCAACACCCGCAAGGGCCUUCUGGUACAGUGGAUCUGGGGUAUUCUUCGACCCCGGCUUCACAACCUCAAAAUAUUGCAGUGUCUCAACAGACUUCACCUCAAGAUCCGCCGGAGCCUCCACCGCCAGUGCCCCCUCCACCGGCUGCUCCCCCCAGUGCUCCAGCAGGCCCUGACAUCCCUGCUAAGCCAGGUCCUCCGGGUCAGGGUUCAUCGGAAGAUGGUUCUCCAGGUUCACAGCCUGCUGCCACUCCAAGCCCUACGCUUACUCAGCCUCCGAGUGUUACAAGUUCAGGCUCUGGGACAACUGGUGGCCAGGGGUCUGGUCGUGGUGGUGGAGGGGCUGUAGACACAGAUGUCUUAAAGCGACAGCAAGAAAAAAGGGACAAAGACAAUGCAAAUAUGAAAAUCAUAGAGGAACAAUUUAAGAAGAAUUUUGAGAACAUUGGACAAGCAAUACAGCGACAGACGAAAAACAAUAUGCAAAAACAAUUACGUUUGAAUACUGGAGCCUAUGAUCCCCCAAUUAAGCAAAUUCCCGCUCUUGGUCUCGGCGCACGCCCCGGUGCAACGCGUCCGUACUACGUUCCAGGAGAUGGGCAACCCCGGCAAGUGAGGGCGUAUAAUUUAUUUGCAGAUGGACAUGAAAUUUCGGAUCCGUUUUUCGAAACACAACGACAGAAGGAGAGGGAUAAAGCAUUAGAAUUAAAUCAAAAUCUUGUAGCUUCAAAGUUGCGAGAGCAGCAUAAUCAAGGAUUGCGUGAGGUCCACGACCAAUGGGAUAAAUCCCUCGUUGAUACGAAAAAGGUGGAAGAGGCAGAACGCAAGAAACAAAUGAAAGCGAGGACACAGAACAUCACCGAACGUCUAAAAGCGCAGGAAGAACAGAGGCAGAGAGCAGCACAGAAAAAGACGGCGUGGUUACUAGACCCCUCAAGGAUACAAGAAGCGGAGAGGUUAAAACAGGCGGAAGAAGCGUAUCGCAAAAAGGAAGAAGAGGAACAGCGCAAAAUGAAAGAGGAGAGGGAUAGGAGGCGUCAGCAGAUGUAUGAUCAAUAUGAGAGUGAAUUGCGUCAAAUACAGCAGGAGCAAUUGUUGUCCAUUGAUGGCUCUCAGAUUCCCACUCCAAAACCGGGACGCAGCGUGGUCAUCGAUGCGGUGAGAGGCCAGGUAUUGCAGGAUGGCUCUGACCCUGUUUAUCAAAAACAGCAGGAGCAAAGCAAAUUUAUAAGUUAUAUGCAUAAUGAUUAUAGUAUAUUGACAGGACACAAUGCCGUUGGGUCUCAAGGACAACCGGGAAAGACGCCUGUCCAAUCCUUUAGAUUUACGGGUGUCCCCGACGGUCAACCCAUAGGGGAGACACAUCCACUGUCCAAGUCAACGUUGCCACAAAAAAUAUUCGGCUCUCCCGUCCCUACUGAGCCAAAGGGAAUCGAUUUAACAAAACAGCAUGGUGCCACCAAACCUCCGCCCGUGAUCACUUACAAUGAUAUCGCCCCGCUGACUGGGCAGGUUAAGGUUCCACCUACACAUACAUUGCCCGAUGUUUCCGGCACACCAAUUAAAGAUCCCCCAAGACCGAUUCCGAGCGUUAAUAUCUUACCAGACCUUGGCGUUUUGAAUCCGUUGGUGUCGGAAGCUAAGGGUCAGCCCAUUUCGGACCCCAACGUAGGACGUCGCAUGCCACCGCUUCCUAAUUCAAAAGCGGCGCAGCUUUCUCAUAAUCGGAAUAAACCACCGGCCACAAUGAUGCUUGACUACCAUGACGUUGCAGACAUAUCACAUGUCACCGGCGAAGUAAUUGAAACCGAACCAAAUCAGUUCCCAACGGCAGAAGUGACGGACUAUCAGAAAAUGGAGAUGUCCGUGGCCUCGCAACUACAAGGCAACCCUGUCUCAACAUCUCUGCAAUCUGCGCAACAACACUCGCAAAAGGUCAGAGAGGCAAAUGAGCUCUGGGAACAUUUCAAGGAAGAACAAAAUAAGCGUAGAGAAGAGGAGGCAAAGAAAAUAGAGAGUGAGCGUGAAAAGGAGAAAGAAAGUGCUGAGAAUAUUUUCAAACAGAAAAAAGAGAGCGGUCAAAAGCUGCAUUACGCGGACGCAGUGAAAAACAAGAACAAGCUUAUCAAGAAUUUAAGAGGUGGUGAAGUAUACAUCUCUGGGCCCCCGUCUCCCAAAACUGAGAAAGAAGAAAUUGACCUCCGUAUUGACGUCCCCAAGCCCAUUUUCCAAGACCCUGUCCACGACUUUGACUUCUAUGAAGAUUCUACGCAUAUACAGGAUGAUGCACAGGCCAACACUGUCGCUCCAUACAAAUCUGCCGUCUCAUUAAAUGUUCUACCUCCAGAUCCCCAGCAGUAUCUCCCUCCCAGAGAAGAUCCAACUUUUACCAGAGUCGAAUUCGUGGACAAAUGCCCUGUUCCUUGGCUCACCCAGAAACCUACGUACGACUCUACGGAUAUCCCCGAGACGGAGCUGUUCCCCUCCGAGGCGCCGCGUACAGUCAGGGAGAUGCUUGUUUGGAUGGCCGGACUGCAGCACAAGAAGCAUCAAGAGACUCUGCAAAAGUGUAUUACCAACGCAUUCAAGCGCGACGAUGGUGACCCUUCAGAUCUCACACUCCCAGUCAACGGUGCUGACAUCCGCCCUCAACAUGUCAUCGACACCAUUAAACUUGUCUCCUUGUUCGCAGCCUCAGUGCUCACCGCCGUUGCGCCUGAGUGGAGAAUGGCAGUGCCGUCUGCAACGUCGACGUCCAAGGACGCUGAUUGCUGCGCCCUCCUCUGCCAUCUGCGCGACUACGCCUACGCCUGCUACCACCAGUUGGCGUUCUUAAAGUCGCAGUGUUCUCAAGUCACCGAACAAGGUGGGUGGCAGGAUUGUGCGUAUGGGCACGGCGUCUCUGCCGAGUCCCCCCUGCAAGCAUUCCUAACUGAUAUUUCCGACUUCGAGACUCACUUCUUCGACCCCUGCAACUUGUGGCUUAAGAGUCGUGUUAGGAUGGGAUUCGGGGAGAAUGAUUUGCCUAGAUCUCACGAAACUGGAAAGUGCAUUUCCAUCAUCUUCACUUCGUCCUGCGGCGGUAAUGAUCCCUUGCCGACGCUGUGCUCUUACCUCAACUGCCUCACCCGGCGGACGCCACGAACCACCGGGGAGCUUGUCUCGUUCUUCCACAACUUCGGGAAUGAGCUUCAUGAUGUGUCUCUCAAGUUGUCUCCACUGGGCUCCGCCCUCUCCGAGCCACAUCGACACUGCCCCGACUGGGACCACCUUGCUGCCGACGACCUCAAUGCCAUCCAGUACAUCCGGGGCCCCGCCCCUCCCACCUCCAACCACGACAAGGACCAUCCCAAGACCCUGUCCGCAAUAAUUGGCUGCGGCAUCGAUAAUGUCGACUGCCCACAACACCUAUUUCCAAUCACCUACCAGGCUUACGCACUCUACUCACCGAGCUUCGCCCACACCUACCUCAGCUGGGCGGUGUACCUGGCAAACAGACUGUGGGAGUCACUGGUCAAGCUUCACUGUGAUCUCGAGAAGCUUCAAUCUCAUCGCCAAGCUGUGGGAAGUGGUCGCCGGACAGCCUAUCGCAAGCCUCAUGACCGCCAUGGACGAGUUCCUCCACAGAAUCCGUGCCCCUUCCUCUUCACCCUCGUCGCACUCUGGCUCAUCGCCACGCUCUACAUCCUCGUCAUACUUUUCUACCGCCUGGACGUAUUGCGCAUACGAUCUCACCUCCUCACCACCAAGGCCUCCCACAACAUCGACGUCAAGGCUUUACUCGCCGGCAGCAGGAGAAUGCUCUCGCUCUACAAGGACGUCGACUACUUCGACGAUGACUUUCACUCAUGA